AUGCUGUCAAUCAUAUUCGGGAGCAACAACUUACAAAGCAAUUUAUAUGAACAAUUUUUUGGUACAAUAUUACCUACGGCGACAGGUGCGAGUCAAGGACUAAUUUCAAAAAUAGUUAAGGAAGAGCAUGCAGCAGAAGAAACUGGUCUAGCCGUGCCAUUUGUGGAGUUGACCGUCACCCACGCGUCAGUCCUCACGAUCCUAGCGAUCAGCUUUGAGCGCUACUACGCCAUCUGUGAACCGCUGCGAGCCGGAUACGUUUGCACUAAAACCAGGGCUGCAUUGAUCUGUGCGUUAGUGUGGUUCUUUGCUGCGUUAUUUACGAGUCCAAUCCUGGCAAUUGCGGAGCACCACACCACAACUCGAGUCGACGGUACAACUUACUCGCAAUGCCUCACACAAGCCAUCAACUACUGGCAGAUCACAUUCUUCGUAGCCGUCAUAAUACUCCUCUAUGUCCUUCCACUUAUAAUUUUAAUCGUAUUAUACAGCGUUAUUGCCAAAAAUUUAAUUACUGCAGCAUCUAAAAUAGUUAUGAAUAAAACCGUCGAUCCCUACAACGCCAGAGCAAGGAAACAAGUUAUAUUAAUGCUAGGGACAGUAGUAUUGUGUUUCUUUCUGUGUCUCAUGCCGUACAGGGCUCUAACUUUAUGGAUCAUCAUGACACCUUCAGAGCAUUACGAUGAUAUGAGUCCAGAGAAAUGGUACAACAUACUUUAUUUCUCAAGAGUCAUGCUGUACAUAAAUUCUGCGAUAAACCCAAUACUUUACAAUUUAAUGUCUUCAAAGUUCCGCAUAGGUUUUUGUAAGGUAUGUAUUUGUUACAAGAAGAAAUUAGAAAUUAAGGCUAGAAGAGCACAAAGAACGAUUACAAAUGGUUCUACGACAAGUAGCAGCUUAACGAGAACAACGAAUAGCUUAAAAAAGCUAUUUAGCCACAGAAGUAGCAUCGAUCGUACUGAGACGGAGUCUGAAAGCAAGGAUGAAGUAGAAAAAGGUAUAUUCGACAGAAUAUUUGCUAGUAAAACAUUUAUUAGACAACAGUCGGCACCUGUUUGUUCAAAUACAGCGCCAAAAAUUAACCGAAUGAGGAGCGAAGGCAACAUUGAAAUAUCUGAAGUUAUCGAUGUAGAUACUAAUGAUGAUAGUACAGAUUGUCAAGGAGAUGAUACUGGACAGUUUAUCGGUCAUUCCAAUAGUAGAAAUAUUAGGUCCGACAUAGAAGUGGACCGUAACCACUCUCUAAGACGAAGCGUCUUAAUAAACAGCGCCAAAGCUAGAAGUAUGGAUUGUGAGAAGAAAUUUGUUGCGUAUCAGAAGAUAAAAGUCGAUUGUGUUGUGGCUUUUCAGAAGUCGAAAAGCGUUGACUAUGAGUUUCCUGAAAGUUUUGUGUAG